CUUCACCCUUCAACCUCCAUUGCACAACUUCACCCCUCCAUCCAUCUCCAAACCUUCUUUUCGAGAUAGAUUGCGUUCAACCUCUACUUCGUACUUCUCGACCCCGGCACUCACUUGUGACCGUGGUCGCCAACCCAGCCUCAACCUCCACAUUGGGGAAGCAAAGCCCAAGUUGCAAUCGGUUGAGGUGUAACAUCUCGCCAACACUGCUGCUUGACGCCCAGUUGAAUCCUACCAACCCUCAUUGGGUGAAGGAUACUCAAAUCCUGAUCAUCGGCACCGUCUGCUGUCCAAGGGCAUUUAACACUGCCAGUGAAAGCUUGUCAUCUUGCCCGUGUCAAAAGGGAUCAGUUGCUGCCGUCACAUACCAUUUGACGAUCAGGACUGCCACACCCAAGUCGCAGAGGCAUCUUUGCAUUUGCUUCCUUCUCGGCAUCUCCGACAGGACUCGAACGGCUUCAGAUCCAUCACGUGUUGCCUAGCUUGCAGCCUUGGGAUUCAAGAAGCCCACACCGACCAUUACAAGCCCAGGGUGCCAAACGACACUCCAACCGAUUGACCAUCGACGCGGCGUCUGAACUGUCUUGAGGCCAUACCUGCCAUCCCUCCUUCAUCCUGCUUAAUUCAAAUUCUUCCGAGUACACUCCAAACGUCCAACUUGCAGGGACGUAACGGCAGCUCAAUACUAGUGAGCAGCAACUACCCUGUUACGCAGGGAAAAUCACAAGUGUCAAACACCAGGUGGCAAGAUCAAGGUUCAUCUAAAUCCGUCUUCCUCCGUGCCAUAGCUCGAAAGUGAACACACAGACCAUGGCUUACAACUACGGACCGCCUCCCCCGCCUCCGGGACCGGCACCACCCAACAACCCGCCCGCUGGCUACCCCGCCACCUAUGGCCAGUCGCCUUAUCAACAGCAGCAGCCCCAGCCGGCUGCUCCUCAGCGCGGCACGUAUGCUGGACGAGGCCGUGGUGGCUCAGAUCGUGGCGGUUACCACUCUUCUCAUUCUUACGGGUAUGGCCAGCAACCUUCUGCAUACGGACAACAGGCGCCCCCGGCAAGCCCGUAUCCUUCACAUCAGCCCCAGCCCCAGCCGGGUGCCUACCCUCCGCCACAACAGCAGUGGCAUUCAGAGCAGCAUAGCCAGCAUACCCCGCAACAGCCUCCUGCCCCUCCCCCUCCUCAAGGUUACGCGCCCAGCUACGGCACACAGUCCCAUUACCCCCAGGCUCAGCAACCAUACGGCCAGCCCGCAUACUCACCCGCGCCACAAACUCCUUACGGCCCGGCGUAUGCUCCCCCCGCACCGCAGGCUAGUCCGCCUCCCCAGCCAUGGGCCAGUCACCAUCAGUCGCACCCUCAGACCCCUUACAACACCAGCAGCCGAGGUGGAAGAGGCUCCCAUAGUGAUCGUUCUGGACCCAAGGGCCAGAUGAUGGGACCUCCUAUCAGAAUGGGAUUUGAUGGCGCACCUGCGCAACCGCCCGCUCCGGCUCCGUAUCCGCCGCAGUCAUAUGGUGCACCUCACGGGGCGCCUUAUGCUCCUGCGCCAUACCAACCCUAUCCGCCUCCCACCACCUACAUGCCACCGGCACAUCCCGUCUAUGAUGGUGCUCCCGCCGCAAGCACGCCCCGCCAUGGACGUGGUGGUCACAACAACGGCCAUCCUCGCCAUCGUCCCCAGUUUGGUGGUGAUAAGGUCCGCGGCCGGAAUGGUCAUGCUGGCGGCCACAACAGCCGCGGCGGGAAGGCUUUUAGUCCCCCCGCUCACCAUCAGAAGCACGACCACUCUGGUGGAAAGAAGAAAAAGCGUAAGACCAACACUCUAGGUCUUACUCCGGGCGAUGAGUCCGACGAGGACGAUGAGAACGAAGAGGAACGUCUCAAUGAGAUGAUUGGUGCUGAUGCUCCCAAUCCCAUCACGAAUGAAGAACUUGCUGCUUGGAUCGCUGAGCGUCGGGCCAACUUCCCAUCAAAGGCCAAAAUUGAAGCCAAGAAAGCUGCUGUCAAGGCACAGACUGCUGAGGCAAAGGCCGCCGACGAGAAGGCCUCUCUCCUUAUGAGGCAAGAACAAAAGGCGGAGAAGCUCCGCAAACAGUUAGAAAAAGUCGAGUCCAGCAUCAAGCGGAAGCGCGAACAGCAGGAUGAAGGCGACGAGAUGCGCCAGUCAGAACCCUCAUCUCCCUCAACCAUCUCAAAGUCUGACGACGAGAAGCCAGAAGUCUUGUCUACUCGUCCGGAAGAAAACGCUGUCCCCCCUGUGGCCAGGAAGGCUGAUCAGUCGAAGCACUGCAAGUACUAUUCGACUGGAGGAAACUGCGGUAAGCGGGGCAAGUGCCGUUUCGUCCAUGAUCCAAAUGAGCGUGAGAAGGCUCUGAGAGAGCGCGAACUUAACGGAGGAAAGAUGACCCUCCAGCAGCGUUUGCUCUUGAAUGACAAGGAGCAGGAAGAUUUGUCAAUCAUCCAGGCCUUGAAAUACCUUCAAGACAAGGGUGCAUACAAAAGAAAGAGCGCAUCGAAUCAAUCUUCAAGUGGCGGUGCGACGUCAAACACCCAGCCUCAGACUACAGGCCCUGCAUCGCUCCCGCCGAACCCGUUGAAGAGGGAAGCUGGAAGUGGUCUCCCAAACAUUCCUCCCCAACCCGAAGCCUCCAACGCAAACGCGUCGGCGUCCAAGUAUCCGGGAUGGAAUCUCAGCGGUUUCGGCAAUACGGGCGUGCGACCUAACGACAAAUGAGGUUCCUCUUGUCAUUCGUCGGAACCAAGCGAGUCCGAAAAAGAACCGGCAGAGUGUGUCAAGAGAAAAGAGAACAAAGGGAUCAGUCUUUCAUUUCAUAUUUCACUAAACAACAUUACGUCCUUUUUCAACAGCCAUCUCCAAGUCGGCCUUGGCUGUAGGUCCCCGAUCUGUUUUUGUUUCAUUAUUCACCCCACCUCGGACACCGAGAGCAGCGGAGGAGCUAUUCAUGGAAGACGAUCUGGGCUUGUGCCCUCAAGAGCGACAUUCUCUGAAGACAGAGUAUCCCAUACUUCAAAAAACAGGCAAUAGUGGCUCUCAAAGGUCGCAAGCAUGUAGGCGCAUAGUUCGCCGCCCAUGAUUUUUUUUAACCUUCACCAAGCUGGGCAGAGUCGUUAUGAAAGUCAACGAGAAGGAGGACCACAAACCAAGACACCACUUGAACAUUCACUAGGCCACUUAGGAGCGUUCAUAAGCAAUCAUCUCAUUAGCGUCCAUGCCUACAUGCGGACUGGAGGAAGUUGUUGUCAUUACUGGCACUUCUAGCUGAAGCCUAAGACGGACAAUCUAUGACAGAAAAGAAAAACAAGAAAUCACAUAAACCAAAAAGAGGACAACGAGUGCGAGUGCUUUCAAGUCGGUAUAUACCGCGGCGGUUUUUCGUCAAGGGUUAUAUGCCUCUCCCCAAUGUUGGUUCAGGGAAUAAAAGUCGCAAGGAUGGCGGGCUUUGAUGUCCAGAGACGAAAGUAGGGCGGAUAAAGUUCGUCAGGGUCAGUUUAGCAAGGACAGAUGGGGGUACGAUCGCGUUUUGUCGUCGACCUUUCCGCAUGAAGUCUAUUUGCAUGCUGGCUGGGAAUUCAUCGCAAGGCUUGCGUUCGGCCAGCGAUUGGUCGGACCUUGGAAGUAAAAGCGCCUAUAUCACUCGUAGCCCAUUUCAUUGCUUUCAUCAGUACAAACAGGAAAAGAGAAAUUUGAUCACGUUAGAUUUGAUACAUUAAUAUAUGAGCGCGGCUUGUCCCGAUUUGAAAGGUCGUUUUCGUGCUCGUAAUGAAGCAUGUGUACAUUAGAGGUAAGAUAGCGAUCUUCAAUGCUUG